AUGGAUGCGCAGAAUGCUGCCGAUACAGACCAGACAAAGCGAGCUGGAUCUCCGUCCAAGCAGCCCGAGAAGCGCGAAAGCUCUGACCCCAAGUCACCGAAAAGCAUCCUCAAGGUAAAGCCCGAGCUACCCGCCAACGAGAUCAAGGCAGAUACCCCCGUGAAUACUGGUGCCGGCGAUCACGACUCAGAUGCCGAGACUGUUGUGUUACCGGGGAAGGACGGCUACUCUCCGUCCAAAGUUCGCAAGGUUAGACAAGAGGACAGAAGUGAUCAUGACGGAGAUGGAUCCAAGGACAACGGACCACCGCGCAAGCGCGACGGUGGUGGGGAACACCAUGCCAACGCUGGCCGGAUCGAUGGAAUCUCGAGGGAUAUUAAGAAGAAGCGUCCGUCCAACUCACACGAGAAGGAAAAGGAGAGAUCAGGGCUCAGUAAGGAUGGCUCAAGUGGUCUUAGCUCAGCACCAACGUCGCCGCGUCCCCAGCCUCAGGCGCGACGCCGACGCUCUCUUAAUAGUUCCUUGUCGCUCUCCGAUUCCGAAGAUCAUCGCCAGAAGGCGGCUACGUCAAAGUCAUCGCUACGAGAGAAAUUCAAGUCGGGGGAACGAUUGCUACCGCAUAAACGCAAGGCGCCACGGACUGAAUCCGACGAUGAGGAUGAAAACCGCAAGGCCCGCCGUCCUCGCACCAUAAGCGCAACUAUGGAGAUGACAAGGCCCUCGAAGGAUCACCGAGCUCACCCUUCGAAGAGUGAUGCCCACCAUCGUUCGACUUCGCCGCCCCAUCGAACACACCGGAGAAGUGUUUCCACCCAACUGCCAUCACAAUCAUCUAAUGGCUCAGGACUGAAGAAGAAGCGUUUGCCUGCGCCCCUGCAACCCCCGGAGGACAUUUCAGAUGAAUCAUCUGCGAGCGGUAGCCCUCAUUUGCGCAAUGCAAAACUGAGGAGCCUAACAACGCCGUCUACUACCGAAUCACUUGUCUCUCCCGCCAAGGCUCUGUCUCACAAAAAGCACCUCGAUGCUCACGGCCAAACUCUCUUGGCUCGAGCCUGUGCCCGAGGAGAAUAUGAUGCUGCUAAGUUCCGCUUGAAGGACAGACCUGAAGAUUUAAAUGUCGCUGAUUACGCUGGCAAUACCCCUCUUCAAAUUGCUGCAAUUAAUGGUUGCGAGGAUAUCGUUCAGCUCUUGAUUGAAGCUGGUUGCAAUCUUGAUUGUGUUAACUAUGAUAAAGAUACACCUCUCCUAGACGCCGUAGACAAUGGCCAUCUUGGAGUUGUGAAGCUUCUGCUGAACGCUGGCGUGAACCCUCGGAAAGCGAAUGUGAAUGGGGAAGAGCCUAUCGAUCGAGUGACGGAAGAAACCGAUAAUGCCGAGGAGAUUCGUGCUGCACUUAUAGAAGCGAAAAAACGGUUUGGUGGGCGGACAAAGACCUCAGAGGACCGGCAUUCCCAUCACGAUCCUCAUGAACAACGCGACUCUCAUGCCCCUGAGUCACCCCGGCAAUUGUCGACACAGGCUAGCAACCGACGUGGUGGUACAGUUCGGUCAACAAAGACGAGAAAUGAUUUACUCUACAUGCCUUUGGACGACAAGACGUUACGACAAGCCGCCGGCCGUGGAGAUGAAGAGACAGUAGCUCGAAUACUUCAGGUAAAGGACAACUGCGAUGACGCAGAAUCAAUGGUGGCAGCAGCCCGAGGUGGUCAUGACUUGGUGAUGCAAUUACUUCUGGGUUUGGGAGGGGCCAAAGCUGACCCAGAGCCUGUUCCGUCCCAGCCCGAAGAGUUCGCGACGCCUAUUCUCGCUGCUAUUGGCCAAGAAAACCUUAACGUGGUGGAAUUGCUUUUGGAACAACAAAACUUUGACCCUACGAAACGUUUUAAAGGGGAAACAUACUACGAAAUCGCCAAGCGCCGCCAAGGAACGAACUGGAAAGAAGAAGAACAACUCUUGAAAAACGCCUACGAUGCUCAUAAGAACUCACACAAGUCUAAGCUGAAGUCUCCUGGAAAGCGCGGACGUGACCGGGAGAGAGAGGAGAAGCGGGCAAGACGGGAAGAAAAGAGCGAAGGCCGCCCCUCAAAACGGCGCAAUUCAAGCCCGAUUGUUGAUGGCGAACAUCGCAAGAAACCUCUGUCAGCAAAAUUGCCCAGCCCCAGGGAACGCAAGAAAUCCGAUCCACAACCAUCAACCGUAGAGGAGACGAGGUUGAAACGGGGUCCUGUUCGAACUAAAGAGGAAAAACUUUCUUCUGUGAUAGUUUCAGACCGGGAAGCGUCACCAUCAAUUUCCCAAAAGUCUAUCAAGGCUAAGCGUGCCGAAUCUGAUCUAGCCGCCAUGUCGUCCGAAGGAGAAACGGCGAAGCCUAGAAGGAAGCUUAUUUCCAAGGGCGAAUUAAGGGGUGAGCGCGACAAGCGCGAUAAACAUAGACGACCGAGUAUGGCUUCCAAUGCUUCUUUCAAGGAACCUUCCAGCCCUCAUGAUUCGAGACAUGAUGAUUCUACCGAUAAGCAGAAAUUAUCCGAGAAAUAUCAUGAUAGGGCAAAGGCUUUGAAGCGUGACGAAUCAAAGGAUCGCCCGAUUGGAUCUAGCGAUGGCACAGGAAAGCGACACCGGGCCAGUCUCACCCCCGAUCGAUCCGGCAAUGGGGAUAAGGAAGAGACCGAAAAACCUGCCAAGCGACAACGUCUGGAUGGCGAAGCUUUGGAGCGGAAGCAAAAACGCUUGUCUUCAGAUGAACAUGUGCGAAAAUCCGGCGUAAGUCAUGAGGGCUCCAAAUUGGCCUCCAAGACCAAAAGAGACUCUGAAGAAUCCAAAGCAAGUCAUGCUCAACGUGAGCGCAAAGAUUCCAACCGGUCCAACCAAAUUCAGGAUAGCAUCCAAAUCAAGUCGGAGGAUAUUGAUGUUGAAAUGAUCAAUGUUGACCAGGGAGAGGACGAGCCACGAUCGGAUGAUGCAGCUGAAGACAAAGAGGCCGAUAAUAAGAAGGCUGCUAUUGCCAAGAAGGCGAAGGAAGAAGAGGAGCGCCAACGUGUGGAGGCCGAGGAGGAGAAGAAACGACAGGAGGAGAAGAAGCGGCAAGAUGAGAGGAAGCGUCAGGCCGAGGCCGAGGCAGCUCGAAAAAUCAAGGAGGUUGAAGAAGCGGAGAAGAAUAAGAAAUUAGAGGAACAGAAAGCAGCUGAGAAGAAGCGCCGGGAGGAGGAAGAAGUGCAGCGACGGGCAGAGGAAAAAGCCCGCCAGGAGGCUGAAGAACGAGUACGCCGAGAAGCUGAAGAGGCUAGGCGGAAGCAAGAGGAAGAGGAGGAAAAGGAAAGAAAACGCCAGGCUGAAGAGCAGAAGAGACGGGAGGAAGAGGAGGAAAGGCUUCGGAAGGAAAGAGAAGCCUUGGAAGAAGCACGCCGGAGGGAAGAAGAGGAACAACAACGCAAGGAGCGUGAGCACCGCGAACGUAUCCAACGAGAAGAAAUGGAACGAAAAAGGGCAGCGAGAGAAGCCGAACUACGCAAAAUCCGCGAGGAGCAAGACCGAGCUCGCCUGGAUAGAUUGCCGCCGCUACUGCGGUGGCUGGACACAUGCUCAAACCCCAAAACCCCAUAUUUCGCUGAUAAAUUCAAGACGAUGCAAGGCGUCAGAUACGACUGUAUCAAUCCUUCCACAAACCGCACUGAGGAAGGUCGAGAGCAGUGGGUUCUGAACACACAUGUUGCCCUGCUUCUCGGCGAGAAAGACCUCAGCCUUUCUAGAUACACAUCGUGGGAGCGCGCCUCGGUUUCUGAACUUGCGAAGACGUCCCUGUGGAGGAUUGAGAACGGCCUCUAUUCUCUUACCAUUGAUAAAAUGUUGGACUUGGGCCAACAGCUUCCUGGCUACUAUGGAGAGGAAGACGCAACACGCUUAAGUCACAAUACAAUUCAACAUCUGCGCAAGGAGGCCUGGGAUAGGUUCCGUGAGCUAGACAUGUUCUUUGUCAAGGUAUCGGACCUUUUAUAUACUAUCCCUACAAUACCUCAUCUUCAUAAUCUCAAGAUCGCGGUGACGUACCGUGAGCUACUUGAGACUGAGGAACAGGCGCGAUUUUGCCGUCCUAUGCAGAAAUGGAAGCAGGACCCAGAUGCCGACCGCUUUGGAGGUCAUUUUGCUCCCAGAAACAAAUACUAUGUUGAUGGGAGGCUUGUUGGCGAAGACAAACCCGUGCGGGCGGAAACGAGUAAGACACCGUUCCCUGACCCGCCAAGAGUUCCUCGUCGUGGCGGCCUGGCUUCCGUGAUGCCUGAUGAGUCAGAUUAUGAACGAUUGUGUAUGGAACAGGGCCUUGAACAUCUAGUGAAUGGGAAGCAAAGCCCAUCGCUCCCAAACGGCGUCCAUACGCCGCCCGCCAGUCACGCAGAUGCUCCCGCCGGCAUCUUUUCAACAGAGACUGGCGAAACUAAAGUUCAAAGUGGAACCCAAACCGCCCACGAGACGCAUCACUCAACGACUAACGGCGGUGGGAUCAAUGGAAUCAAUGGCUCAGCUUAA